AUGCUUUCGCUGUUGUCUUUGCUAUUGACAUCAGGCAAUGUGCUUCGUGCAGAUACGGAACAAUGGACAUCCAGCACAUAUCCGAAUCCAAAAACCAACGCUACCUUAUGUAAUACAUGGCCAAAUUCAACACUCUGUGAUCCUGAUCAUAUCCUAACUGAUCAGUGGAGGCUAAACAUCCAUGAAAAUCUACAAAAACAAAUGCAAAAACUUCGAGAUGCAGAUAUCUUAUACAAUGACAACGCACCAGAGGAAUGUUUUCAAAAUUCUACUGAUGGAGUUCGGAUAUACGUCAUAUUAGCAAAACGAAUUCAGACCGCUUCAAAUCAAUCCAUCACAGACACCGAUUUGACAGACUUUGGUAAUGAAGUUGCGGAGCAGUAUGGACUUAACGCACAACCAUGUAAAAACUUUUUGAUAAUUUUGGGUGUCGAAGCAGCUAAACUUGCGUAUGUUCGAACAGGAAAAGACCUAAAGUUGCCACCGGAUCUUAUGGAACGUGUAUUCAAUCAGUACACCGGAUUUUUUAGCGCCAAAAACUAUAUGGAAGGAUUGAACAAUAUUAUCAAUGAAAUUGGCGAACAAAUGAUCGACCCGUUUAAGGCAGCUUUUUAUGAUAAUCCAGAGUAA